AUGGAGUGCUGGUGCCCAGCUGAGGCAGGCUGGUCCCUGUGGGGCACAGAGGCCCUGGCCACCUGUGGGCGCUGGCUGCGGCGCUGGCGGGAGCUGCUGCCCGGGGGCAGAGGGUGCCGUGCCCUCCUGCGGCGGGAGGGCUACACGGUGCAGGUGAACGUCAAUGACUACCUGGACAUCUACUGCCCGCACUACAACGCCUCGGUGCCCGAGCACCGGCUGGAGCAGUACGUGCUCUACAUGGUGAACGCGGAGGGCUACCACACCUGCAACACCAGCCAGGGCUUCAAGCGCUGGGAGUGCAACCGGCCCCACGCGCCCCACAGCCCCAUCAAGUUCUCGGAGAAGUUCCAGCGCUACAGUGCCUUCUCGCUGGGCUACGAGUUCCGCGCAGGGCAGGAGUACUACUACAUCUGUACCCCGACCCACACCCACCGCCGGGCCUGCCUGAAGAUGAAAGUGUUCGUGUGCUGCGCUUCCAGUAAGUACCCCCCGUGCCCACCCUGGGGGCUGCGGGCGAGCGGGGUGUGGCGUGGCCUGCCGGCGGAAAACUUCAACCCGGAGAUGCCCAAGCUGGAGAAGAGCAUCAGCGGCACCAGCCCCAAGCGGGAACACUUGCCCCUGGCCGUGGCUGCCGCGCUUUUCCUCAUGACGCUGCUGGCCUCCUAG